UCAUGGCCGCCGCCCGCCGGGCAGCGCGCAGGGACGGAGCUCAGGGCCAGGGUUCGGCACGGCGGGACACAGCGCACACGGCGGGACAGACACCGCGGGGAGGUACCGGCACGGCGGGACACAGCCCGCGGGGAGGUACCGGGGCGGCCCUGAGGGCCCACGUCCGGCAGCGGAGGAGCUGGGCCUUUCUUUCUCGGGGCCGUUUCAGGCCAGCGCUGCCCGUGUGAGGCGCGUUCCUCCCUGCCAGGGCUCCCCUCAUCGAGGCUUUCCUCCGGACUCUGGCGUCUGGGACGGUGAGCGCUGCUUAACCAUUGCUCAGAGUGAUCUUUACAGAAGCUCCUAAAGGCUUCAAAGAAUUCAUACUAGGCAAAAUAAAUGAAAAAAAUUGUUCUGAUAAAGUGAAAUGGAUCCUUGUUCAGUUGGAGUCCAGCUUCAAGCUACCAAUGAAUGCCACAAGACCUAUUACACCCGUCACACUGGCUUCAAGACUAAACAAGAUGUAUCUUCAUCAGACCUCCUGCUGCUUCAGCUUAGGACUGGAAUAACCCUCUCAGAGAACAACACAAUCUGCUUCCACCAUGCAAAAAUUUACAUUGAAAGAUUUGAAGACUUACAAAAAUCCUGUUGUGAUCCCUUUAACAUACACAGGAAACUAUCAAAGAAAAACUUGCGAGCAAUUGACUUAGAUGAUGCAGCUUUUCUGAGUGCCAAGUUUGGAAGACAGUUUGUUCCUGGUUGGAAGCUUUGUCCCAAAUGCAUGCAGAUAAUAAAUGGAAGUGUGGAUGUGGAACCUGAGGAGCGACAAAGAAGAAAACUGGAUCCAGAUGGGCGUACAGCUAAGGCUUUAAAGUCUCUCCAGUUUGCUAACCCAGGACGACAGACAGAAUUCACUCCAGAGACCAGUAAAAGGGAAAAAAGAAGGCUGCAAACAAAAAUCUCACUGUUUAAUUCAGACAGGCAAGUUAUACCAGCCAAGAGUAAAGUGUACGACAGCCAGGGCCUGCUGCUGUACAGUGGGAUGGACCUGUGUGACUGCCUGGAUGAGGAUUGCCUGGGCUGCUUCUACGCCUGCCCCAAGUGCGGCUCCAACAAGUGCGGCACGGAAUGUCGCUGUGACCGCAAGUGGCUCUACGAGCAGAUCGAGAUCGAGGGAGGAGAGAUCAUUAGAAACAAGCACGUUGGGUAGUGUGUGUGUGAAUUGUUGAAUCCUGACUGCCCCUGUGUUGGUUAAACACAGCACAUUCAGCUUUUAGCUGUUUAAUGGAAGCUGUUGGGAUUUGUCACGAUCCACGUGAUGAAUGCGCUCACUUUCACAGUGAUUUUCAGUGUGAUUAUGAUCACUUGAGUCUGCAUUGUACUCAGGCUUCUUAGUCAUCCAGGUAAGAUCUCACUUGUAUUCAGGUGUGUUGAAUUCAACACACAAUAUUCAGUAACAUAAGGUGCUAAAUUCUAAUGUGAUCUAUCCUGAGUCACUCACUAUUCUUUCAUACAUUAUUUCAUAGAAUGUACCAUUUAUAGAAUGUACCAUUUCACACCAUUUGUGUGAAAUGCUGUGAAAGUUCUCAAGGCAUUUACAUGCAGUAUUAAUGAAGUUCUCUUUUUAAUAUUAAUAGUGAAUACUGCAUCUUCUAUAGAGUAUUGAAGCUACAUCUGACAAAUCCAAUCCUAUUCACUUAAAAGGGAGUCAAAAGCAUUUAGUUGUUGAGAUCGCAUCCCAGUUGCUGGGAUUUGAGAUCAAGUUAUCCUUAUAACUUCUUAAGGAUAUGAAUUUAUAUUAAUUCAUAUUAAUUAAUUUAAUAUUAAUUCAUAUUAAAAUACUGAAAUUAACCUGUCAAGGCAUUGACAGGUUAAAGUAUUGUUCAUUACUUUGUUGGUUUCUGUAGAACAAAAUUAAAAUAAUUUUGCUCUGUUACCAGUCUGUAAUUGGGCUGAACCAGUACUUCAGCAGCCCUUUCCCUGCUUUUUCCUCUUUUUACUGAUUUUAAAGGUUUAUAUGCAGCUAAAAUGAACUUGUGUGUCUGUUUCCAAACCAAGGUUGUCUAGACUGUUACCAAAAACCCCAGAUGAAUGGGGUUUCUUUGGUUGGUACAUUAUCUUUCCUCAUAAUACUAAACUUCUACACUAUAACAAAGCUUAUUGAAAGUAUUUUAUAAACAAAGUCUUAGUAACAUUUUUAGUCUUUGUGUUUUUGUUGUGUUUUGUAUAAAUUUCCUGUUUGAUGACUCGGAAGAUCUGCAUGUUUGUUGGAUCACACUUUUUCAAUAAUUCUGUUAACUUCUUGCAGACUUACUUGGUAAAGUUGUAUAAUCUUUCUUUGUGCUUUUUUUCUGUUCUGGUAAGUGUCAUGAAUGUUGCAUUGCCAAAAUCCAAAGUUAUGCUUUGAGUUUAUGCUGACAUCUGCUGGUCCUCCUGGAGUAUAAGCACGGAGAUGCUACAUUUUUAUUAAAUCUGUUAUA